GCCACAUGUCAUGGACGUGUCGUGUGUCGUUGCGGCCAUGAAGACAUGACGCAGGGGCGAGUGGCACCUGGGGGACUGAUCCACACAGGUGGCAGUGUGGUGGAUACAGCAUCUGACGCCACUCAACAGGAUACUCCUCGAGCCUUCUCCUUCCCAUCCUUAGUGCUUGGGGGUCACAGGGCUCCAGUGUGCGCCGCUACAUGGCUGGGAGAGGGUCAGGUGCUCACCGGAUCGCACGACUGCACGGCCAAGGUGUGGAAUGCCAAGUCUGGGCUGUGUGAGCUGACACUGGAAGGCCACGAGGCUCCCGUGCUCUGCGUUGCCUGCGAUGGCCAGCGGGUGCCAUUCCCGCCCCAGCCGGGUAAUGAUGGCCCACUGCUCAUUUCACUUCACUGCCAGCACUGCUCCCUGAAGAUUGUCGAGGGAUCCCUCGACGACCGUGAUCAUCGAGGGUUAAUGCUUUGUGCCAAGUGUCGUAAGUGUGAACCUAACACUGGAGACACUUGGUGUCUGGGUUGCACGGGACUGGAAACUUUGACUGGGGAACUGGCCGCUGCGUGGCAGACACCUGGCUUCAGAACCGCUGCAAACGACCUUGUGGUUUCUUGCGUGCGUGGAGUGAGGGCGCUGAGACAUCUUUCGGCCAGCUGUGCAAGCGCUGAACAGUCUCGAGCAGCCCGAGCUCGUUCUGGCCAGUCGGCAGCAGUUUCUGAGUCCCGUGCGGCGCGCUCCCCUCCCAGAGAGCGCCCGCGUGCGCCGACUCCACCGCCACCACCUCCUGCAGUGAAGGAGCAGGAAGAGGAGAGUGGUGAAAGUGAGUCCGCAGAAGAGGAGGACGAGUGCGAAGACAAGAAGAUUGAGGGUGCAGCUGCGAAGUCAGAUCCCACUAGGCAACCACGUGAGCCAGAGGGACCACCGCCUUUAGAGAGCCGAGCAGAGGGAGACGUUGAGAUGAGAUUGGAGGAAGGCACAGAGUUUGACAUCAAAAAUUCAGCAGAAUGGAAUUCUUUGGGUUUAGAUCGUGGCGAAGUCCUGGAGAUCCAUUUACCUUCGACAGAUCUUCCAGAUCAUCCCCCAAAUAUUUGGGCCGGUUUCUGGGUCAAACAAGUCGUUAUCGAAAAGGAUGGCGAUUACGUGGCAAUUGUCAAAUGCUUGGGAUGCAGCGACCAAGACUGGACAAAGUACUUCUCCAACCAGUUCAAUCGCAAAGUUGGAACAAUACAUUUCUGCAGCAGUCGACCUUGCGCAGCUACAAAGGACUACACUAUGCAUGUAACCAGGCUCAAGGUCUACAGCAUGGGGGCUUUCGAACGUCCUUAUCUGAGCAGCUACAUCAAGCGACAGGUGCAAAAAUGGGAGGAGGACGAGCCCAUCGAUGUAGAAGGAGCAGUGACUGUGUCUGGCGCUGGCAUUCCAAUGGAGGCCGAGCCGCCCGAUGGAGCAGAAGGAGAAGUGCAUUUAGAGGUGUCUCCGGGAGAGGAGGAGGACGACCAUCAGAAGAAGGAGAAGUCUCGUCCCGCGGACCCUCGCAAGGCGGCAGAGCCAAAGGCGAAAGUUACAAAAAUGAAGGAGGACGAAAGACAGCGGCUGAGGGAACGCCUAGAGGCUACCCGUGCAAAAAUGUUGAACGCCCACAAGAAAGCUACGGUGACGUCAGAUGCUCCAGGUUGCAGAGAGGAGGAGAAGCCUGGAGAAGAGUCGCCCAGUCCAGGAUAUUCUCCCUCAGAACUCAGAGUGGGAGAACCGCGGCGAGAGGAGCUGGCUCUGGAGGAUGCGCUGGACAUCGGUCCGAGCGGCAGCAAACCUCCUCACAAGGAGAAGAAGAAGUCGAGGAGGAAAAGGCGCGAAGCUCGCCACGAUGGGGACCCCUCUCAUUCAGAGGAGAGGGGGAAACGACAGAAGAAGGAGGAUACAAAAGGUUCUAUUACGCGCAAUUUGCAGAACCAACUUGCCCUCAAAGCGAGAGAGAACGCUCGAGAGAAGGAGGAGAAGUUACAACAGGAAAAGAAGCGUCAGCACAAGAAGAAUCCCCAGUGGCAGCUUGCCAAGAUCCUUACACAGAUGGGAGUUGGACGCCAGAAGAAGAAGAAGAAGAGGGAUGGCGACUCCUCAGAUCCGGAAGACGCCAAGAAGUCCAAGAAGAAAGACAAGAAAGACUCGAAGAAGAAGAAGAAACGGAGGCAUGGACCCUCGGACGAUCCAGGAUCCGGGGGGUCGAGCUAUCAGACCUCGAGCUGGGAAGGAGACUCAGACGCUGCUUUGGAGUCGGAGUCGAGCAGCAGCCAAGGGAAGAGGAUGCUAGCACCUUUGAAGCGGAAGUCCCGAGAAAAGCCGGGGUCAGUGCUACAGCUCCUCAUCGAGCAUGCAAGGAGCCAAUUGGAUCAAUCCUCCAAGGUGGCAAUUGGGAGCAGCGACACGAUCAGUGUGACCAAGGGAGUCAAGAUGGGAAGUUAUUUUUCCAUCAUUGUGCGGCCCCAAUUGGGAUCAGCGAUGCCUCAAGCUCGAGAACUUCACCACUUGUCGCAGUCCAUAGACUUGCUUCGACAAGGAGAUCUCGACCUGCUAGGGGACGUCCUUGCAGGGAGGUUCCUCAGCGUGCACCAGUCGGUGCUCGACGGGGGUUGGUCCACGGCAAGGCACUUAGAGCUGUUGCCCCUCGAAGACAACACGGCAGCGGGCCCAGAGGUGAUUCUCGAGGCCAAGCGCCAUGCCAAGUUGGCCUUGAAGCUCACCCCAGGAAACCAAGACUCCUGGGGCUGGGGAGCAGGGGGCAAGAGUCGAGGAGGCCGAGGACGUGGAGGUUCAUGGCACGAGAACUCCGUCGACACCAAAGGCAAAGGCAAGAAAGGAGAGGGUGCCCGAAAAAUGAGGAAGACGGAAGGAAGUGUUGCGGCGCUGGCGGAAGCCGUUGCAGCCUUUGACAACCAGGCAGCUGUUACAGUGUCCUGGGAUGCCGCGUGUUUGAAGGAGGCAGUGAAACUUUGCACAACAUAUGCCCGUACAGGUUUUGUGCUAGCUUGGCUGCUGGUGGCAUCUCAGGACUGGCUGCUGGAUGAUUGCAUCGUGCAGGAAUUUGUAGGAACUUGGAGUCAAACUAUCGCCAAGUCCAAGUCGUGCGGUAAGCGUGCACGUGGCGCGACUUUUCCACUUCGUGUGGGGGGGCUGAGUGCUUUGGAGGAAGUCCUGACUAGUUGUGCUCUGACCGAGACGGUCGUUGAGUCCCUAGUUGGUACAUGGGGGCAUGUGGCUUGGGCCUAUGUCUCUAUGUGGGCACUGAACCGUUUGGCUGGAUUUCAGGCCCGACCACCUCAGGGGCCAUGGAGCAAAGCAGAGCGGUUGGCUGUCAAUUCUCUGGAAGCGGCAGCCAAACGGCGCUGUUCCUCAGACGUGAAGAGUGAAUUUUUGUCCCUGAUACUGUUGUCACCGGUUUUGCACUGCUACCUGAAGGCAGCUAUUUCACCAAGGAUGGUCUGCACUGACGCUUCAGAAAAAGGUGGUUCGGUGGAAUAUUCACAGGAGCUCACAACUGAAGGACGUGAUUUUCUUCAGGCAGUAGAGAAGAAUGAAUUGUCCAAGAAUGAAGGUUUAGAAAAAGCAGAUGCUGCCACGAAAGAUAGGUGGCGCCAGCCCCGUUUGCUCGCCGGGCGUUUUUCCCGCGCAGAGCGGCGCCGGCAGCGCGCUCGUAUUCAGCUGGAUGAUGCGGCGCUUACAGAAAAGACUCAGCAGAGCACAGCAGCAGUUUUUCGAGCACGUUUCAAGUUUUUGCUGGAACUUAUGCCUGUGCCCAAAGCAUGGCAGGACAAGAAGCAGCAGCUCGAAAUCCAGGUAGCCUUUUAUGGGAUCAACCAGACACGAUGCGAUGCUUUCGGUGGCGAAAAACCAGCGGAUUUCAUGUGGCACCCAGAAGUUGAAUGCAUCGGAGAUUUUUGGGACCGGGCCCCGCACAUUUUCACAGAUUUUUCGGUGAAGGUCCCAAAUGUGGCAUGGUGGUCUUUGCUACACGAGAGGAAUGCCCGAAAUGUGGGACCAAAUGGAAGUCCAAGAAGGUGGAAGAAAGAGAUGAAAGACGGCACCUGGAAAGACGGUGAAACGAAGUACGAGGACUGGCCGGAUGAUUGGGCCAACGAGGAUGAUGGUGCCGAGGAGAAUUCUGAAGAAGUGGACUGGCAGAAAGAAGCAGAUACGCCGGAGGGUGAUGACUGGAAGGUGAAAGACGAGACCUGGGAGGAGGACUGGAAGGACCAGGAGAGGUGGAAAGAUGCGGAUGACUCCAUCCCUUCCAGCGAGGCGACUUUCCGAGGGGACGUGUCGCGCUUGGACGAGCACGCCAAGAGCAUGCUGAAGGAAGUGAGUCCCGAGGUUGCUGAGAGCAUCUUACAGAGCCUGUCUGAAGCGCACCGCGUGCGAAAUCCCUCGGGCUACGUGACCAAGGUGCCAAGAGAUGCCGAUGUUUUUUUCAAGAAAAGGAAGGUUUAG